AUGGCUGUACGCGCGUGCCUGUGCAUGGAAGGCACUGUUGUGGUGUUUCUUCCGAGUAUGGGGUGCGGGCAUUCAAUGGCGGCGGCGUCAGAGGGGGCGUCCGCGGCCCAAGCCGUGGGCCGUGGCCCCGGCGAUGGGAACACGGGAGCGAAGUGUAUAUUUGCGGGUGUUGCGGGCAACGACCCCACGGACGGCCAAAGCGCCACGGAUAGUUCGCAUUGUGUGUUCCGCAACGCACUGUCCUCGGCAGUGGAGCAAAUAUACUUGAUGCAGCGAAGUGGCGUCGUCUCACUUGAUGACGGGGAGAUGGAGGAAGUCACAGCUCUCACACGUGGGUUGGACAAUUUGCAGGCCAACCAAAAAGAGGACCGCUUCAGUUUACUGGGAAGCUGGAGGAUCCUGGAGAAGGAAGGCACGGUGAACCUCUUUGGCCAGCGCAUUUACGAAGACAUGAUGGAGCGUGAUCCAGAGAUCAAGGAACUUCUCUUCGGGAUUGAGAUCCCCGAACAAUCCAAAGUGCUUGCACGGAUGUUUGCUACGGCAGUUACCUUCUAUGCAAGGCAAGACGUGAUGCAGAGAAUGUUUUUGGCCAUUGGUGCCCAGCACCGUGCGUACGGUGCUGUAACGAGGCACGUUAACCAGAUGCAGCAAUCAUUUUUUCGUGUGUUUCCAGCCUUCGUGGGACAGGACGUGUUUGAUCGCUGCCAGGAGGAGUGGCGGCAAUUCUGGUUUACCCUGACGGAAUGCUUUGAGCGCGGCAGCAGAAGCCAGGAGGGUGACAAAUAUGGGAAGCUGCGCGAACUCCAAAUGGUUAAGCAACUGCAAGAGGACUUUGCCUUGAUUAAGCAGCGCCAGGACGGGCUUGAGAUGAAGAGGCAGUUCGUUGGCGUCAUCUACGGCAAGGCCAUUGAGAUGGAGCCAACCUUGCACGCUUUACUGCCCUUGUGGAUCUUCGAACCAGCAGACGAGUGUUUGAGUUUUUGGUGGAGGUAUUUAAUUCGCUUGGGGACCUUGAAAAGGCGGGGCAAGCUCUGGAGGAGCUCGGAGCCAGGCACAUAG